AUGACCCGCUUCGCUACUUUGACUUUGGCUGCUUUGAUGGCACUUGCUGUUUCCGUGCAAGCUGCUCCCAUCCGAGGAGUUGAAAAGAGAACCGUUUACAAGUCUUCCUCGAUGAAUACGUCAUCCAUUGAUACAACACCUGCUGGCGUUCCUAUUCCUGGUCACAAGAAGGUGCUGAAUGAGAACGCACCAGGCUAUGAUGAGAAUGAGAAUGAGCCAGAAGAAGUUACCGGCGACGAGCACGAGAAGAAUGAGAAUGAGAAUGAGCCAGAAGAAGUUACCGGCAACGAGACAGAAGGAGGAACCGAUGGUGCUUAA